CACACUGGUGAUGGCAAGCUACAUUGUAGCCACAGCCACCCUGGGGCGCACUGACAGAGAAAGUAUGUAACCUUGUGGGUUUGUUACAGAGUAUAACAAACACCAGGAGACCCAGAAGAACUUAAACACAUCUCUUCUACAAACAAUUCAGUUUCACCUCCCCUCCCACCUGCUCAGUCUGAAGCUCCCGUUUUUGUUAAUUUUUCCAUAAUCGGCUAAAUAAACUUCACUCUUUAACAUCUGUGACUUCGAGGAAUUCAAAAAUGCGUUCUGUGUACACUUUAAAGGGGUCACAUGAUCAGGUGAGAAAAUCGGAGACCAAACAAAUUGGUAGUUUGUUUGUAUCGCAGGUUCCUGUUUGAGGGUUCCCAUGGAAACGUGUUGUAUACAGGAGACUUCAGGUUGCCUGUCGGAGACGUGUCCAGAAUGGAGCACCUACACUCGGGCAGCAGGGUCAAAGACAUUCAGAGCAUCUAUCUGGACUCCACCUUCUAUGACCCGCGCUUCUACCAGAUCCCAUCGCGGGAGGUCUGUUUAUCCGGAAUCUCUGAGUUGGUUGGAAACUGGAUCAGUCAGAGUCCUCAUCACGUUGUGUGGCUCAACUGUAAAGCUGCGUAUGGAUACGAGUACCUGUUUAUCAACCUGGGAGAGGAGUUCAACACACAGAUCCACGUCAACACUCUGGCGAUGUUCAAGAAGAUGCCGGAGAUCCUAAGCUACGUGACAACCGAUCGCAGGACUCAGAUACACGCCUGUCGACACCCAAAGGAUGAAGAGUUUUUCCAAGGAAACCGGCUGCCGUGUGGAUGCACGGCUGCUGAUGGGACGCCUCUUCGCAUCAUCAGCAUCAAACCGUCCACGAUGUGGUUUGGAGAAAGAACCAAGAAGACCAGCGUCAUAAUAAAGACAGGAGGCAGUUCAUACCGAGCCUGUUUCAGCUUCCACUCCUCCUACUCCGAGAUUAAGGACUUCCUGUCAUACCUCCAGCCGGUGAACAUCUACCCCAGUGUCAUCCCCAUUGGUCGAACACUGACUGAAGUCACACAGAUGUUGAAGCUGAUGUGCAGGAAGCAGUCUGAUGAGGCGGCGUUUGUUUACAAACCUCUGGGAGUCCUCAAACGCAGCAGGGUGCAGCGACCUACUUGUGACUCAGAGAGCGAUGAUGAGCUGUUUGAUGGGCUCGAUGUGGCACCAGUGAGGAAGAAGUUGGGAGUACAAAAAGUAGAGGGAACUCCCGAAACAACAGCACUCCCUGUGUGUGUGGAGGAGUCUUUACCGCUGACCAUUACCGAUGCCCAGCCUGCUGCUCAUAACUACGUCGACUGCACUGAGUCCAACGGCGAGGAGGAGGAGGAGGAGGAGGAGGAGCAGCAAGGUGACGAGGAAAAGGUUGGAGCCGGACAGCCGGAAGACAUUUCAUCUCAGCCUCCGAGGUGGGAGGACUUCUUCACCACCGAGACUCUGACCGACAGCCAGAACAGCCUCAGGAGCCAACCACAGUCCUGCUGCUCUGAGAUGACGGGCUCGCAGACACCCGAUCUGUUCAGCGACGAAGAAACUGCCCCCGAUGGCUUCAGCCUGACACUGUCCGGCUCGCAGUCCAAUCAUUCCUCUCAGAACAUGGACUCGUGUUUACCCGACACCCUGAUCAUCCAACCAGAGCUGGAUGGGCAGAAGCAGAGGGAGGAGGGGGAUGAUGGAAUCAUCCAAUCGGAGUCUCAGCAGUCGUCAGACUUUGAUAUUCCCUGCACGCCGGAGUCGAAGGUGCCGCGGCGUGAUGAGCUGUCUCAGUUGUACAGGAAGCUGGCUGCAGGAGAGGACAUCAGUGCUCUGGACUACAGGACCGAACAUUAAUGGGGAGCUCCUAAAAAAAACUGUGCAAACUAGAAAAGUAAAGCCUUAAAAAGCAGCCGGACGAGGCCAAAACAAGCAAACCACACAGCUACCUCCGUUUUAGUGACGAACCUCCAGCUCUGAGAUCCCCCACUAGCACACUGGGGCAGGAGGAGAGGUUAACAUGCAUUCAGUACCUGCUUCCAGCAUGAAGAGUUUCUCAGCCUAAUUAGAGAGCAUAAAUAGACCAAACUUUAACGUAAUUUUCUUCAGACCUGUCGUUCUCACUUAGACCCUUAAGCUGUCACAUUCCUUCUGCAGGCUGAGCUGAAACGUCCUCUCCUCCAGCGUCAGUGUUGGCCUCCAAACCCCACAGACUUCAGUUUGUUAAACCACACACUCGUUCCUGCGCACUUUAAGCCUAUUGGUGGAUUCUCGCACCUGUGCAGGUCACAGCUGACACUCGUUCCCUCUCUGCUGGCAGUUUGUGGUUUGUUCUGCUUCAGCUGCUGACAACAGGAGGGGAAUGUUUGCAUUAAAGCUAAAGUUUUGUUCCAGAAACAAAUAAAAUAUUUAUUUUUAA